AUGGACAACAGACAACGCGGCGGCUUUCGAGGAGGACGUGGUGGCCCCGGCGGCGGCGGUGGUCGAGGCGGCGGCCGUGGCGGUGGAAACCAGGGUUCAUACAACCGGGACCAGCAGCAAGAACGGAAGCCCCGCGAGGCUAUUUUAGACCUGGCAAAGUUUAUGGAUAAGGCUAUUACCGUUAAAUUCAACGGUGGAAGGGAGGUUGUCGGAAUUCUGAAGGGCUACGACCAGCUCAUGAACCUGGUAUUGGACGACGUGAAGGAGAACUUGCGAGACGAGGACGGAAACGAGCACACACGUGAACUUGGCCUCAUUGUUGCGAGAGGUCCCAUGUUGACGCUCAUCUCUCCAAUCGACGGCAGUGAGCAAAUUGAAAACCCCUUCCUACAAGAGAGCUAG